GCGGCCGCUCACACGGCGGCGGGCUGCGCGCAGCAUGUGAGCUGCGGCCCCGGAGCUCGGAGCGACCGACCGCCGGGCUCCAGCAUGGGGCUCGCUCUGCUCCUGGGGCUGCUCCUCUCCCGAGCCGGAGACCUCCUGGCUCUGCCAAGGAGUGACUGCAUAACAGCGGAACAGCUGUGCCUCUCGGACUCUACCUGCAAUGCCACCUACAGGACCCUGGAAAACUGUGCCCUUGCUAAGACUCGCUUCCUUCCACUGGAUCACGAUAGCAGGGUUAGAUGUCUGAAUGCAGAGCUAGACCUCGGAAAUAGCUCUUUGCUGCACUGCAAGUGUCACCGGCGCAUGAAGAGACAGGAGCACUGCUUACGUGUUUUCUGGACCGUUCACUCCAGCAUGACAGAUGGUUAUUUCAAUUUGGAGACCUCUCCCUAUGAGAAUCCAGCAAAUGAAGAACACUGGAAGACAGAUUAUAAUAGACUGGCAGCUCUGUUAUCAGGCUCACAGUUAGCAGGAGAUGCAACAAAUCCAUGCCUGAAAGCUACUCACGUCUGUAAUCUGAGCAAGAAGUGUGUUCGUCUGCGCACAGACUAUGCCUCUAUCUGCACCAAGGGAGCAGGAAGCGAGGACAUGUGCGACCGUCGCAGAUGCCACAGAGGGCUAAGGCAUUUCUUUGAGAAAGUCCCUGAGGAUUUCACCAAAAGGAUCCUAUUCUGUCCAUGUCAAGAUGAACUUUGUGGAGAACGACGCCGGAAAACUAUUGUUCCCGAUUGUUCCUUUCAGUAUAAUACCAAGCCCAAUUGCCUCUGGCUUUUGGACUCCUGCUUAGAAGACCAUAUCUGCAAGUCCCGACUGGCUGACUUCCAACAAAACUGUCAACCUGCGGACAUGUCUCCAGAUGGUUGCUCUCAGCACAGCUACGCUGCAUGCCUGCAGGCUUACAUGGGGAUGAUUGGCACGCCCAUGACACCCAACUAUGUCAGUAACUCCAGCGUGGAGGUCUCCCUGUGGUGUACAUGUGAGAGCAGCGGAAACCAGAAGGAGAAGUGCGACCAGAUACUCGGCAUGUUUGAGAGCAACAAAUGCCUUGAAAAUACCAUUUGGUCUCAAAUGCACCUGAAGCAGACAGCUCUAGAAAGACAGGAAGACUUAUUUUAUUCAUCUUCCCUAAGUUUCCAAGGGGACAGUGCCAGCACAUCUCUUGCUUCAGAAAUGUCCCAGGUGGCUGAAGGGAAGACACAGCGAGACAUCUCUGAACACAGCAGUAUGCCUAUGGCCUCCUCUGUAUACUCUGGAGCUGCUAUUUCUUGGCCAUCUCUGGCUCUGUUCCUGCCCCUGUUGCUGAGCCCACGUUAACUUGACAUAAAUGGCAUCUUUCCUUCCUAUAUUAUUAAUCUUAUUCCAUGUCCAGGCACCUCCCACUAUUGAUUUACCUUUGGGAAACAGAAGGCUUCCAGAAAAGAGGAAUGGAACAGUCUUAACCCAGAACGGCAGUCACUGAAAACCUCCCCCCCAAUUUGCACCCCACUUUCCCCCAAUCAGUUUGCACUGAGCUCUGCAGAUAUGGUGCCCACCAUUGCUUCCGCCAUGAUAAUAUUUUGAGUUACAGUCAGGCUAAUAUUCUAGCACAAUAUUUUAAGACAAAGAUCUGAGUUCUGUCAGAAGUUGUGCAGUGUUCAGUUUCUGAUUGCAGGGAGGGACCUGACGCAGUGCAUCCUACCACCCCACCUUCUGGAGGUCUUCCUCAGGCAUACAAUUAUAGAAUGGUUUGGGUUGGAAGGGACCUCAAAGCCCAUCUAGUUCCAACCCCCUGCCAUGGGCAGGGACAUCUUCCACUAGGUCAGGUUGCCCAAAGCCCCAUCCAGCCUGGCCUUGAACACCUCCAGCGCUGGGGCAUCCACAGCUUCUCUGGGAAACCUGUUUGAGAGUCUCACCGCUCUCGUUGUGAAAAGUUUCUUCCUUAUGCCCCAUCUAAACCUACCCUCUUUCAGUUUAAAGCCGUUGCCCCUUGUCCUGUCACUACAGGCCCUGGUAGUAAGUCUCUGCCUUUCUUACGAUUCCCCCUUUAUAUAUUGAGAGGCCACAAUGAGGUCUGCCCAGAGCCUUCUCUUCUCCAGGCUGAACCACACCGACUGUCUCAGCCCGUCUUCACAGCAGAGGUGGUUCCAGCCCUCUGAGCAUCUUCGUGGCCUCCUCUGGGCCUGCUCUAACGGGUCCACGUCUGGCUUGUACUGGGCACCCCAGAGCUGGACGCAGGACUCCAGUAGGGUAGGGUAGAGUAGAGUAGAGGGGGAGAAUCGCCUCUCUCGACCUGCUGGCCACGCUGCUUUUCAUGCAGCCCAGGACAUGCUAUGGCUUUCUGGGCUGCAAGUGCAUAUUGCUGGCUCAUGUCCAAUUUUGCAUCCGCUGGUAUCCCCAAGUCCUUUUCUGCAGGGCUGCUUUCAACCCCUUCAUCCCACAGUCUGUAUUGAUACUAGGGAUUGUCCCAGCCCAGGUGUGGGACCUUGCACUUGGCCUUGUUGAACUUAAUGAUGUUCACGUGGCUCCACUCCUCAGGCUUGUCAAGGCAUAGAGAACAGCAUACCAUCCUAAAGACGAAGUCCAUACUCCAGGGUGGGUUGCAGGUAAAGCUCAGUAAACAUACACCUAAAGUCCCUAGUAAACACCAGUUCUGGAUUACUUUCAGUUCCUUUUUCAAAUCCAUUCUUUUAAGUAUAUGAAAAAACCACCCCAGAUCCAGGACACUGUACUACAGUUUAUAUUCUUGCUCCUUUCUGGUUUGCCCCUUGCAACAUACAUAUAUCAUCCAAUAUCACAGCUAGCAACAGACUUGGGUUUUAAGAUGGAUUUCUGUGCUCAACCCCAGUAAAUUUAGUCUUAGGUAGCAAAGGAUGACCUUACCUGGCCUCAGGAUGAUCCUUCUUGGUAAUGCUUAGAGAAUACAUAUAGCUCAUUGAAGCUGUGUUGACCACAAAACCCCCGGGGCAUUCAGUUGCAAAAAUCUCUGGGAGCUGCAACAACCUCGUACCCCUCCACAUACUCAAGUUGUCAUUAUCCCCUUCCACGCUGCCUGCCCAAUCUCAUCCUCCUCCGCUGCCAAACUCUAUUUCAUGACCUGUUUAUUCUGAGUGUAAACGUGUGCGCUGUGUAACUGCCGUUAUUUGGUACUGCAUUUGCCUGUUAAAAUGUGGUGUUAAGUGAAUAUUGAUUUCUGAGCAUAGGUUAAUAGUCCACAAUCAAUUGUGUGCAAGAGUUGCUUCAUCAGCCAGCCUACGCUUUCAGGAUAGCUAGAAACUCAGCUGAACGCCGCUCCUCUGCGCACACACGUAGUGCCCCUUGCUCAUCCUACGAGAUACAACACAUCUGAACAAUAUCAUACACAGCCAAACAAUAUUACAAUCCUGAUUAGGUGCAGAACAGGUGGGUAUUUCUUUUUACCCUGUGCUUUAUCUGUUGCAAGGAAAGUACCAGGUGAUAGGUAAUACGCUGUGGUUCCCAGUCACUGUCAGACACCUUAUUACAGAAUCUUACAUUGUUGUGUGUAUCAGAGUAGUUGUCCUUCUGCAGUUAUAAUAUUGCCACUUCAAAUUCCAGCCUUCUCUUUACUUCCUGGGCAGGUAGGGCAAGGAAAUCGCUGUAUGGAGCAGAACCAUCUCCUCUGUCGCACAGAGAAGCAACAUCUUAUUUCCAUGCGGUAGGAACAAAUACUUCUUAAUUAAGAGGAGUACAAAUGCUGGUAUUUCCAAUUACCUACUGAAAUAUGGCUAUUUGGAUCAAGACACAGCACUAUUUCCACGUUUGCUACCAUUCUUUAACGAAAAGAGAGUCCAUGUUACCAUAUUCCAAUAUCUGUAUCAGACCAUCCUCCAUAUGGUGGGACUAGAAAUGUGUCAAGACUCUUGGCUGUAGUGUAAUAGUGUCUGUCAUCUCCAGAAUUUAUUAGAGUGACAGGGAAGAAGAAAAUGUUCUUUCCAAUAUUCCACAAAUCAGUGAGAGUAUUUGCGAGAAUAACGAAAUAGAUUUCCCUGAGCCAUCUGUACCACACACACACACAACGUACUGCAUUCAUCUUCCACUCAUCUGCGCUGUGAUCCUUCCUCUUUCCCCACUUUAGUGCCCUAAGGUUGAUAGGGGAAAAGGUAUUACCAUUUUGUUGUUCAUACAGACAGCACUGUGGAUCUUUACUCCCUUACCCCUACUAUGAAGGUUAUUGAUUGUAAUUGCAGCCUCCUGUCAUGUCUUGUGUUACAUAGGAAAAUGCUUGACACUCAGACAAAUCCUAGUCUAGACUGAAAUUAAAGCAAAACAUGUCAGUUUGGGUUUUUCUCCAAGUGGCCUAUGUCCCUUUCGCAUGUACAUAUGCAUCUUUAUAUACAUCUGCCUCUUAGGCUUGGUUCAUCAAUAACUGCAAGCAAAAUUCAGCUCUGAAUACGCCUUCAUUCAUAGGUACUCACAGUGCUAUGAGUACAAACCCAUUUUCACUUAGUCUUUUGUAACACCUGAUCUCUAAAUAUCACAGUUAUUCAACCACACAGCAUACAUGCAUGCACAAGUAUAACUAGUACUGAGAAAUAUCAUGCCAGUAUCAGUUCAGUUCUGUUAGCACCACCAAUGUUCAGAGACUGGCACAGUUACCUGGACCAAUUCAGAACAGUUCUUACUAACCAUACUAUACAGCAAUUCACAAAAACCCCUCAGCUUCUGUUCCCCAGAAACUGGAAUACAACAUCCUGUGAGUACCUUUGGUCUAAACACAAAAAUAAUCUAAUACAGUCUUAGCAUUGAGCUCUCAGCAAGCAUAUAAAAGGAGGGAACCUUCUAAUUGUAAUGUAGAUUAUUUUUAAAAGUGUAAAAUAAUGCUAAAUCGCACUAAUAAAAUUUAUCUCGCAACUC